AUGUGCGACUCAGUUGAAUCAUACACAAUUGGUGCAAAGUACCGCACUGUAAAAAAACGGCUUGACAGUUUAGGUUAUAAACAUUCGCUGUCUUUAGACUCUCUCAGCUUAGUUGAACAGCUACUUGCUGAUUUAAUAAAAACAACUGAGAGUUUAAAGCAUUUUAAAAGUGUCGCUGCUAAUAAUACUGAGGUAGAUGAUCAGCUGACAAUUCCUCAGACAACAGUUCUUGAAACCACUGUUCCUCGAACAACGGUUCCUGGAACUAUUGUUCCUAAAACUAUUGUUCCUUAA